AUGAAACAUUGGGAAUUCUCUUCGAGCGACGCCACAAUUGCUCCAACUGCGAAACCUCGAAUUCGGCUGGAAAUGGCCGCCCGAAUGGCUGAUUGUGAAGCCUUUUUGACACCACGACCAUCAGCGGAAAACGAAAAACCGCUCAUCAUCGUCGUCACCCCAACUCUUCCUAACGCAAAGCAAAUACCGAAUCUAGAA